AUGUACUUUGAAAAUUAUCUUCUCAACCUUGCCGGUGUAUUCGUCGCACUCAUACUCGUCUUGGUCACGAUUGCCAUUCUUCAUCACUAUCACAAAGAUCGCUACAUGACAUAUUUUCAAAAACGUCCUCACAAGAAGUGUGUGUUCGUGAGUGAUGACGAACAAAAGAGAUUACAUCCAGGUGGCAAGACACCCCACCGAAUUGUUUUUCCCUUGCAAGAAUUAUUAGAUGAUCAGAAAAAGAACAGUACAUUAUUGGCUGCCACUCGUCAAGCUGCUCAUUACCUUCACAAUUCCCACGCCAACAACAAAAUGGCAACGAAAAAAGGUCUUUUAGGAUGGCUUUGGAGAAAUUUACCUUCCAUUCCGUACUUGAGUGUUUGGAUUCAAUGGUGUGAAGAUCCCAUCUUGUUCUUGGAGAAGGCCUCUGAAUUAUAUGGUCCCGUUUUCACCAUUAGUUCCUAUUUUAAGGAAUGGACAUUUAUGGUUGGAGAAGGAGCCAACAAGUAUUUCUUUGAUGCUAAACCUCAAGUGUUGGAUGAGCAAUCUGCGAGAGAGUACUUCUACAAGCCAUUGAUGGUAAACAGUGCUACUCCUUCCAUGAGCACCACUGCUUCAAAAACUUCGUUUAAAAUUGAGACUGUCAAUGCCACCAAUUCUUCCAAUGCUUCAGCUUCUACACAAUCUUCAAUGCCACCGACAACACCCUCUCGAAGUCGUGAAGAGAUUUGGAAUCAAGAUUGGCUUUACAAAUCAAAAUCAUUCAUGCGAGAGGGCUUCUCAAACAAGAGAACUCUUGUGAAAUAUUUAGAAAACAUUAAGCGAGAGGUGAGAAGCAUUCUCUUCCAUCAGCAACACAUUAAUUUGAAAUUUGUGGAUCGCAAUGAGAAACCUGCCAUUGCCGAGAUGGAAUUGCCAACUCCCAAAAUUUUACACAAACAUUCGGAUUCUGUCUUUUCUGGAAGCUCUUCUACAGGCGCACAAGCGAAUGAAGUGGUGGUUGUGAAUGAUCUAUUUUCACAAAUGUCCAAGUUUGUGGUGAGAAGUUUGAUGAGAAGUAUGUUGGGUUCUUCAUUUGUCAAGAGACACGGUGAUGAAGUGACAGAGAGUAUUGUCUUUCUGGAAUGUCAAAUUCAUAAUCCAUUUGUUACUCUGUAUUACAACCAUUUGAGAUCGAAUGUGUUGGAGUAUCUGUGGAUGCCCAGUCUUAUUGAGCAAAUCGAGACCAAGAAGAAGAGAGUUCAUUACUUGAUUUGUAAUGAAAUUGAGAGACGUGUGAAAAUGAUGGAAUAUGAAAAUCUUGAAGAAGUUCCUUUUACACAACAACACAAUCAAGCCUUUUCACAACAAUCUCUUCCAGCCUCCCAGUCAACCUCUCAACGCACAAAGGAAGACAUGACCAAUCUCCAUUCUUGUUACAUUGAUUUCAUUUUGGAAAAAAAUGGAACUGACAAAUAUGGUGGACUUCACAGAACCACUUCCAUCUAUGCCAAUCAUAUCAUUUGCUUGUUAGUAGAAUCACUCGCGAGUGUUGCUGCCUUAGGAUGGGCCAUUGCGCAUGUGGCAAGUGACACCGCUCUACAAGAUCGUCUACGAAUGGAAGUAAAUCUCUUUAAGGAAAAGUUGGAAAAGGAAUCGAGCAGUUUCAUUAGAUCCAUGUGGAGUGAAGCCACAUGCACUGCCAGACCCUUAUUACCACACCUUUCACCUUCAACGGUUACUUCUUCACCACACCAUUUAGAAGCAAGUGCUUUCACACAACCUGCAAUGAAUCUUUCUGGAGAAGAUCUUGACAUGACUGUUGACAGCAACAUCAAUGAAAAUUCAGAAGCGCUGAGCACCAUUACGGAUACCAGUGUGACCAGUGGCAGCGGUGGUGGUGGUGGCUUAAGAGAAGAGGAUGUGGAAGAACUUCGAAAACAAAGUCUGAUCGAAGAUGGUGGCGAAGCAACAGCAGCUGAUGAAACUCAAUCGCAUCACACCUCCACUGAUACAAACCCACCGGAUAGUAUUCCCUCCUUGUCCAUUCCAUCGUCACCGGUUCCUCCUACUGUGUGGAGUACAGUGAGCUCUACGGAGGAUAUGUUACGUGUGGUCGGCUCUAGUCAACCACCACCUUCCACACGAUAUCGAUUUGCACCAAGACCUGUUCCUGUAUUGGCAAAUCCUCCCACUGGAGGCAAUUUGGAUACUCCACAAAGUUCUGAUGGACCUUCGAAUUCCAAUGUAACACAAAGUGAAAACACCAUGACAACUCCAAAAUCGAAUUUAGCUAAAAGAAGACCCUCAUUGACAUUGUUGUCUCCAGGAAAUAACAACAACAAUAGUUCUGUCUUACCACCUGUUCAAUCCACACCUGCAGAGACCAUGUCCACCACCUUUCCUCCCUCUCCUACUCAUGUCCAUACAUUUGCUUCGACCGAUCAGAGGAUGAAUGUGAGUGGUUCUUCCAUGAGUACUACUAGUAGUGGUGUUGGCAUUGGUGGAAUUGAAAGCAGUAUGAGCAGUAAUUAUAACCUUCGUUUGGUGGAAUGCAUUUUACAAUCGAAUGCCUGUGAGGAUCCUCUGAAAUUACUCGACUCGUGUCUGAAAGAAGCUGCUCGAAUUUAUUCCAUGAGACUUUUUACCAAACAAACUCGAGAGAGUAUGAAUUAUCAUAAUCUGACCAUUCCUGCCAAUCACUUGGUGAGCGUGUCACCCUUCUUUGUGCAUCGUGAUGAGAACUUUUAUCCCUACGAUGCAAAUACCUACAGACCAGAUCGUUUCAAUUUGGGUGAAGUUGGAGAUUUACAUCGUUUGAAGGAUGAAGAACAUGCGUUUAUUGGAUUGGAAGGAUUUUCAGGAUCAAAUUUCACCAUGCUUUCCAGUAAGCUGUUCCUUAUGGAAUUAUUAUCGAAUUAUCAAGUGGAGACACCUCAAUUAUUUGCCUCUGAUUUUACAGGAUUUGGUUCGGUAGCAAUGCCCAUUCAACCCAUUGCGCUCAUUUUGAAUCCAUUGACUUGA